AUGAGCGACCAGCUCUGUGCUUUUCCCACGAACGCUGGAGCAGACUCUCCGCGUGGCUCCUGGUGGUCCCCUCUCUGCUCCUGCUGGUCCUCUCUCUGCUCCUGCUGGUCCUCUCUCUGCUCUCGGUCCUCUCUGCUCCUGCUGGUCCUCUCUCUGCUCCUGCUGGUCCCAUCUCUGCUCCUGCUGGUCCUCUCUCUGCUCCAGCGUCCGUGGGAAAGCCAUGGGGCCUGGAUUCUGACCGGUGGCACUAACACUGGGGUGAUGAAGCACGUGGGGCAGGCGGUGAGAGACCACGCCCUCAGCAGCUCCAUGGGGGGCACAUCGUCGCCAUCGGGGUGGCCACAUGGGGGAUCCUCCACAACAGACAUACCCUCAUCAACCCCAAGGGCUGUUUCCCGGCCUACUACGAGGCGGAUGUGGAGGGUCAGGGCCACCUCUGCUGCCUGGACCCAGAACCACACACACUUCCUGCUGGUGGACAAUGGCACACAUGGUCAGUACGAAGCCGAGAUCCAGCUGAGGGCGCGGCUGGAGAAGUACAUAUCCAGGAAGAGGCUCUCCAACCAAGCCAGCGGAGUGAACAUCCCUGUGGUGUGUGUGGUGUUGGACGGAGGACCAGGAACUCUCAACACCAUGUACAACGCCAUGCUCAACGGGACCCCCUGUGUGGUGAUGGAGGGGUCCGGCAGGAUCGCAGACGUCGUGGCCCAUGUGGCGGAGCUCCCCGUGAGCCGCGUCUCCAUCGCUCUGGUCCAGCAGCUCAUGAAGAAGUUCUUUGGUCAAGAGUACGACUGCUUCUCCGAAUGUAGGAUCAUUGAAUGGACCAAAAAGAUCCAGGAUAUCCUCCGGGCGCCGCAUCUGCUGACCGUGUUCAGAAUCACUGCAGACUGCGACGGGGAGGUGGACAUGGCCAUUCUCCGAGCGCUGCUCAAAGCCUCUAGGAGCGGCUCGGGGCCCGGGUCUGGUCCUGGGGCUGAGGACUCUCAGAGGCAGCUGGAGCUCGCUGUAGCCUGGAACAGAGUGGACAUCGCCAACACAGAGAUCUUCACCGACGAGAGGCAGUGGAAGUCAGAGCAGCUGCACAGUGCCAUGCUGUCUGCUCUUGUGGGGAACAAGCCUGAGUUUGUGAGUUUGCUGCUGGAGAACGGUGUGAGUCUGUGGGACUUCCUUCAGGAGGAGACUUUGUGUGAGCUCUACAGACAGCUGCCCACCUGCCUGUUCCUGAGGCGCCUCGCCCGCAGAGCCACGGAGCAGCAGCGCCGCCGCAAGCCGCCGCUGGGACUGCGCCCUCGAGCCUUCUCCACCCAGAGCCAGACCAUCUCCCUGAGCCACGUGUCCGAGGAGGUGCGGCGUCUCCUGGGGACCUUCACCCACCACAUCUACCCCCCCACCCCCAACGUGUACCAGCUGGACAUGUCCACGGCCUCGGACUCCCACUCCAAAAGUCUGGGAUCUCAGAACAUGUACAGAGAGGAGUCUGCAGACCCUGACAGAAACCCAGAGAGAGACCUGUUCCUCUGGGCCAUCCUGCACAACAACAAGGCUAUGGCCCAGAUCGCUUGGGAGGAGAGCAGAGACUCUAUGGCGGCGGCUCUCGCUGCCUCCAAGAUCCUGAAGAAACUCUCAGAGGAAGAUAAAGAUGCAGACGAGGCGGCUGAGAUGAAGGAGCUGGCCACACUGUACGAGACACAGGCUAUGGGUGAGGACCUGGGGGAGAGAGGGGAGGGGGAAGAGAGGGGUGAGGACCAACAGGAGAGAGGGGUGAGGACCACUGGGAGCAGGACGGGAGGGGUGAGGACCACUGUGGGAGGGAGAGGAGGGGUGAGGACCAACAGGGGAGAGGGGUUAGGACCUGGUGAUGACCACUGGGAGAAGGAGAGGAGGGGUGAGGACCACUGUGGGAGGGAGAGGAGGGGUGAGGACCACUGUGGGAGGGAGAGGAGGGGUGAGGACCACUGGGAGAAGGAGAGGAGGGAUGAGGACCACUGUAGGAGGGAGAGGAGGGAGGUCUUCAGUGAGUGCUUCUCCUGUGAUGAGGAGCGAGCUCAGAAACUUCUGGUUCGUGUGUCUCCGUUCUGGGGACGGAGCACGUGUCUGAGAGUCGCCUUGGAGGCCAACGACCAGAACUUUGUGGCUCAGUCUGGGGUUCAGAGUCUUCAGGAGUGCUUCUCCGGUGAUGAGGAGCGAGCUCAGAAACUUCUGGUUCGUAGUGUCUCCGUCUGGGACGGAGCACGUGGCUGA